UGAAGCCUGGAUUGCCCGCAUUGCGUUUGCAGGUGCUGACCCCGCCAUGCCCGCCCCACUGCUUCCGCUGCUGCUCCGGGUGCUGCUCUCUCGCCUGCUGCUGCCCCUGGCGCGCGCGGCCCGCCAGCACCUCCUGCCCCUGCUACGCGGCCUGGCCCACCGCCUAGGCUCCCAGAACAUGCGUGAGGCUGUGCUUGGCUGUCUGCUCUUCAUCCUCAGCCAUCAACACCCGCCGGAGGCUGGGGACACUUCCAGGAUGGACCGACGGGACAGGAGGGAGAGGGUAGGCGUCCAAAAGUGAGGCCUCGAGUCCUGCCACAACAUUCUCCAUCAAAAUGCUCCACACCCCCCUCCCUGGACAAGGACAUUGGGGCGCCAGCACUAAUGGCAGGAUGCUUGCUCAGUGGGCAGAUCUGGGGCUGGGAGUGGGCCUGGCCUGACCUGGCCAGCUCUCCUUCAUUAGCAUCUCCAAAAUGUGUUCCAUCUCUGCCUCUUCCCCUACACCCUGACUUCCUCCC